CGCUUAUUUAUUAUAGCACAAGACGCGCGCUCACCACGUCUUCACACGCACGACACUGUAAACAGCAUUAAUAAUGAAAACUUCAUCUGAGAAAACACAGAAACCACAGAAGAAGAACAGGAGAGUUGGGACACGAAAGAGAAGCACCAUGGCAUACUCUGCCUACAUCUAUAAGAUUGAAAAGUUUAACUCAGCUGUGUGCGACACAGUCUCGGUCAUGCGGAUUUUGACGGACGCGCAUGCACAGGUGGGAUCAGAGGCUGCGCGGCUCUCCAAGUUCAACCGGAAACGUGUCAUCACGCAGCGUGAAGUCCACACGGCUGCUGUGCGCGCACUACAGGAAAAACGUGCAUGAGCGCUGGGGAUUUGUUCUGUGUUUUUAGGCCUGUAAAUAAUUUAUAUGAAUAAAGGUUGUUUUUUUAAA